ACUCACUCUGCGUUCCUCUCUCGCUCUCUCGCUCUCUCCUAUCCAUCUUUCUUCUAGCUUUCAAGUCAAUCUCGACACCCUCCUCUCCCUUUAUCCAAUCCAUCCUCCCUUUUUCCCUUGAAGUUUUAGAAAGGGAGUAUACAUAUAUCGCGUCUCUAAAAUGCGGGAAGAUCUCAUAAAUUCUGCUGUAAGUUCCAUUAUAUGAAUUCGUUUCUUAACUCGCGUUUUCUAACUUUGCACUAGGUUACUUGUAUGAUAUCCAAUCUUCUCAGUACCCACCGGAAAUACACUGACUUCUAUCCGCAGUUCUUUCUGACCCUACUGUUGCUGCCGCGCCCCUUGAGAAACGGAUAGCCUUUCUGCAAUCGAAGAAUUUGACCAAGGAGGAAGUCGAUGCAGCUCUAUUACGGACCGGAGGGGCCCCUGGCCCUGUAUCUACUAGUCUAGUGCCAUCGGGCACCCAUCCUCCAGUUGUAUCACCACCAGCGCCUGGGUAUAGUGCCGGUUACUAUGCUCCUCAGCAAUACCAGCAGAUUGCAACAGGGUAUGUUCUUUGGCGCGCAUGGAUUCAAGUGGGUAACUGAUUCCGCUCAAGACCUAGAGAUCGUGAUUGGCGUGAUUGGUUCAUCAUGGCAACCGUCACAACCACUAUUGGAUUUGGGCUAUACCACCUGGCGAAGCGAUAUGUUGCACCGAUGAUCUCGCCCCCUACGCCGCCUCAGCUAGAGACGGAUAAGGCACUCAUUGAUGCAAAGUUCACAGAAGCCUUUGACCUAUUAGACAACUUGAGGAACGAUACGGCAGCGCUCAAGACCGCCGAGGAAGAGCGUAAGAACCGCGUGGAUGCUGCCCUCGCUGAGGUGGAGAAUGUCAUCCAGGGACUGAAGGAGGCCGGGAAGCGGCGCGAGGAUGAGUCGAAACGUGUCGGAGAUGAGGUUCGUGGUUUGAGGGAUUUGAUUCCGAAGGCGCUGGAGGGACAGAAAGAGUUACAAAAGAAAUCUCUCGAGGAUUUACAGACAGAGUUGAAGAGUUUGAAGCAAUUGGUCAUGAACAGGACCGGUGCCGCUAGACCGAGCUUCUUGCCCAAUGGACCAACCGGCACACCACCACUAGACCCAGGGGGUGCAACGGGGGGUGCUGGCCAGACACUGGGCGGUGGUGCAACACAACAGGUUUUGGGCCCAGGGGGGAAUGCUCUUGGGGGCCUGCAGAGGAAGGAGGGUGGCCCGCUACCAUUUAGUGCUAGGCCCGCAAUCCCCGCAUGGCAGAUGGCGGCCGCGGCAAAGUCAUCUCCUGUCGUGCCAGUUGCAGGAGCCGGCAGCAGUGGGGGGGAGGGUGCUGAAGCCAGUUCAAGUUAAUCUCUCCUGAACCGAUUGCUCCCCUUCAGUUUCGUUUGCGUAGUUAUGGUUGUUUGUCGCUUAGGUGUUUGAUUACCGUACGGGGAGGACAAAAUGGGGCAUGUGUAGCAUAUUAUAUCAUUAAGCAGAAGUUGAUAAUACCAUAACCAGAGUUCCUUUG